AUGCCCGGCGACAGGGAGGACGAGAUUUGCCAGAAAGCGCUGCAGCUGCUGGCCGAGCUGUGCUCCGUCGGGGCGGUGGAGAACGAGAACUGCCGGGAUUUCAUCUACUACCUGCGGGACAGAGCCCGGCCCCGCCUCACCGACUCAGAUAUCUCAAUAAGCUUGCUCUCCUUAGUUGUCACAGCCUGUGGUCUUGCUCUGUUUGGUGUCUCUCUGUUCGUAUCCUGGAAGCUUUGUUGGAUCCCUUGGCGAGAGCGUGGUCUGCCGUUUGGAAACAAAGACAACAAACAAGAAUCACUGAACUACACAGAUACAGAGACCAAUGACCAUGACUACAGUGAGGAUUAUCUGGGUCAGCCUACAGCCUAUCCGGAGUCCUCCAUGAAGAUCAGUCACACCUCCCCUGAUAUUCCAUUAGAUGCUCAGGCAGGAACGAAGGAGAACUGUGUACACAAUGUGCGAAUGCAUCGCCAGAUCACUGAACCAACCUCUUCUGCUCGGCAUAAUUCAAUCCGAAGACAGCUCAACCUCUCCAACCCUGACUUCAACAUCCAGCAGGUUCAGAAACACGAGCAACUCACAGUUGGCCGCAUUAAGCCAGAGCUAUAUAAACAAAGAUCAUUGGACACAGACGAUGGCCGGAGGAGUAAUAGCAAGACAUGUGGAAAACUGAACUUUAUUCUGAAAUAUGAUUGUGAUUUAGAGCAGCUGAUAGUGAAGAUACACAAGGCCAUCAACCUGCCAGCAAAGGACUUCUCUGGAACUUCAGAUCCAUACGUGAAGAUAUAUCUGCUUCCUGACAGGAAAACAAAACACCAGACUAAAGUACACAGAAAGACCCUAAAUCCAGUAUUCGAUGAAGUUUUUUUAUUUACUGUCCCAUACAAUGAUCUGAAUGCGAGGAAACUCCAUUUCUCUGUGUAUGACUUCGACAGAUUCUCCAGGCAUGACUUGAUUGGCCAAGUGAUAGUGGAUAAUUUUUUAGAUUUGGCAGAUUUUCCCAGGGAAUGUAAUAUUUGGAAGGAUAUUGAAUAUGUCACCAAUGAUAACGUGGAUCUUGGUGACCUGAUGUUUUCACUCUGCUACCUUCCAACAGCUGGUAGACUAACUAUCACAAUAAUAAAGGCAAGAAAUUUAAAGGCAAUGGAUAUCACAGGAGCAUCAGAUCCCUACGUGAAGGUUUCUUUAAUGUGUGAAGGAAGGCGACUAAAGAAAAGAAAAACUUCCACCAAGAGGAAUACCCUUAAUCCCGUUUACAAUGAAGCCAUAGUCUUUGACGUCCCUCCAGAAAACAUUGACCAAAUUAACUUGUCGAUAGCUGUUAUGGAUUAUGACCGUGUAGGUCACAAUGAGGUCAUUGGAGUAUGUCAAGUAGGCAACGAUGCAGAAAGUCUAGGUCGUGACCACUGGAAUGAAAUGCUGUCAUACCCUCGGAAACCCAUUGCUCACUGGCAUCCUCUUGCAGAGGGCCCUAUUCAGCAGAAAUGUUAUGCAGGUCUGCGCUUGGAUGGCUGCCGAAGAGGCUUCCUCACCCUUUUAACCUAUUCAGCAGAAAUUUGGCAUUCCUGUUGAACUCUUUCUUAGCCAUAUCCUCAGGGGCUAUUCCACAGAGUCCAGUGGGGAAUCAAGUGGGGG